CCCAGCGCUCUCCAGCCUCUGCGCCCCAGGAGCUCCGCGACAGCCUUCCAGGAUUAUGGAGUUUCUGAGCGAGAAGUUUGCCCUCAAGAGCCCGCCGAGUAAAAACAGUGACUUCUACAUGGGCGCAGGAGGCGCGUUGGAGCACGUUAUGGAGACCCUGGACAAUGAGUCCUUUUACAGCAAAGCGUCCGCGGGCAAAUGCGUGCAGGCCUUCGGGCCCCUGCCCCGCGCCGAGCAUCACGUGCGCCUGGAGAGAGCCUCGCCUUGUCAGGAGAGCGGCGUGAACUAUGGGAUCACUAAAGUAGAAGGACAGCCUCUUCACACCGAACUAAAUAGAGCUAUGGACAACUGUAACAGUCUCCGGAUGUCUCCCGUGAAAGGGAUGCCAGAAAAGGGAGAACUGGAUGAACUUGGGGAUAAAUGUGACAGCAACGUAUCCAGCAGUAAGAAGCGGAGACACCGAACCACCUUUACCAGCCUGCAGCUGGAGGAGCUGGAGAAGGUCUUUCAGAAAACCCAUUACCCGGAUGUAUAUGUCAGAGAACAGCUUGCUCUGAGGACAGAGCUCACGGAGGCCAGGGUGCAGGUUUGGUUUCAAAAUCGAAGGGCCAAGUGGAGAAAAAGAGAACGUUAUGGCCAAAUACAACAAGCUAAAAGCCAUUUUGCUGCCACCUAUGAUAUAUCAGUUUUGCCAAGGACUGACAGCUAUCCACAGAUUCAGAACAAUUUGUGGGCAGGAAAUGCGAGUGGUGGUUCUGUGGUUACUUCAUGCAUGUUACCACGUGACACGUCCUCCUGCAUGACACCUUAUUCUCACUCGCCUCGGACAGAUUCCAGUUACACAGGGUUUUCAAACCACCAGAACCAGUUCAGCCACGUGCCCCUCAACAAUUUUUUCACUGACUCUCUUCUUACUGGGGCUACCAAUGGACAUGCAUUUGAAACAAAGCCAGAAUUUGAAAGGAGGUCUUCCAGUAUCGCAGUUCUUCGAAUGAAAGCCAAGGAGCACACUGCCAAUAUUUCAUGGGCCAUGUAACAUACAGUACUCUUAUUUUUCCUUUAAUGGCAAAGUAAAACAUUCUAUUUCUCAUAUUUAAAGGAUACCACAAUAAGCUGCUGUGUGUGGAAUUGCUAAAGGUCAAGAUAUACAGUGAGACCAGCUUAAAUGAAUAGUUGUUAUUAUUUAACAUUAAAAUCUAAGAAUGAACCUCUGAAAAGACUAAAUAGGUUUACCAUCCAUCAGUCUCCACAAACUCUGUUUUAGUAGUAAAUUUUUUUUUCUAUUGUACAA